UUGAAGAAGCUGGAUCAGGCCGUGUCUGCUGCUCACACCUUCUUCGUCGCUAAUCCCCAGCACCUCCAAAUGCGGGAGGACAUAGAGAAGUACCGGCGUAUGUCAGGGGUGAAGUCGGACAACUUCCGGGACCUGGAGGCGACGCCACACUGGGAAGCAUAUGAGGCUGGGGUGCAGCACUACAGCGCAGAUGAGUACCUGCAGGCUGUGGCCAGGCUGGAGGAGUCACUCACAGAGGCACUGUCAGCACUGGAAGAGUGUCGUGCCCUGUGCGAAGGGCCUUGGGAGGAGGAGGAGGAGGAGGAGAUGCAACCUGGCCUGUAUGAAGCCAUUGCAGCCCAUUAUAUUCAGGUUUUGAAGUGCAGACAGCAGUGCGUCCUUGAAAUUGCCACAAAGCCGGGGCGGAUUUCUGCCACGGAAGAUUUCAUACCCUCUCAUCUUGACUUACUGCAGUUUGCCUAUGAUCAAGAGGAUCAGGAGAAGCAAAAGCAGGAAACUCUGGGUGUGGAAGAGAGGGAGAAGAGGGGUCCUUUGCCUUUUGAGGGUAUUGCUGUCACAAUGGAUUCCAGCCGGAUGAAUGGAUCCCAGAGGGUUGUGUUCGACAGAGUGUUGACGGAGUCUGAGUGUAAGGACCUUCUCCGGCUGACAAAGGCAGCAGGAGAAGCAGGAGAAGGCUAUAGGGCAAGACGGUCACCUCACACCCCACAUGAGAGAUUUGAAGGGUUGACCAUUUUGAAGGCCAUGCAGCUGGCCCAGAAUGGGGACGUGGACUGGAGAGACGCCAAAUUGCUUCUGCAGGCCAGUGAGAAAUCACGGCAAAUCAUAGAGUCCUAUUUUACUCCUGGAAAGAAACUCCAUUUCUCAUUCACACACCUUGUGUGCCGCACAGCUGUAGACGAGGAACAGGAAGGUCGCAUGGAUCUUAGUCAUCCUGUCCAUGCUGAUAACUGUCUCUUGGAUCCUGAGGGGCAAGAGUGCUGGCGAGAACCACCUGCCUACGUGUACAGGGACUACAGUGGCAUUCUCUACCUCAAUGAUGACUUCCAAGGUGGAGGCCUUUUCUUCACUGAAAUGGACACUGUGACUGUCACAGCCGAGGUGCAUCCUAAGUGUGGGAGGCUGGUAGCCUUCAGCUCUGGCAAGGAGAACCCCCAUGGCGUGUGGGCAGUGAGCCGCGGAAGACGCUGCGCCAUUGCUCUGUGGUACACACACUCCCAGGAACAUGCUGAGCAGGAACGGGUGAAGGCAGAGGAGCUGAUGGAGCAGAGGGCUGUGAGGCAGGACCGGCCUGAUGGAGAAGAACGUCGGGGGGCUGAUCACAGUGGCAGAUCCUCCUCAGAGCCUCCCAUUCCCAACAGUGGAGCCAGGCCCACAAGCCAGAGACCCAAGCCUGGCUCAGACAGGACACAGCACCCCAAGGAGCUGCGGGCCAGAGAUGAGUUCUGAGUACACAGGGCCCCGGAGGCAGGGCUGGCACACACCAUGGCCUGGCAGG